UGCCAGUCGCUUCUCAGCAUUCUUCGCCUCUGGUUCGAAAUUCUCAGGCCGUUCAGAAAAGAAAAGCAUAAAGACCCUACCGAAUAAAGACCGUGGAACAGGGGAAGCGGGGGGCCAGCGCACAGAAGACGGAAAAACAGAAAAUAACAAAAAUCCAUUUCUAUAUACCCAGCAUCGACAUCGAGAAUCCACGUCGAGAUCGAGAUCGAGAUGUGUAAAUGAACGCAGUUCCUGCUCGUAGACCGGUCGUCCGUAGUAGUAGCAUCGUUGUGUUCCACAGUUCCAAAGUUCAGUGAGUGGGCAAAAGAGGAAUCCGAGGGUGGAGUCUCCAAAUCCGAAACCAAAACCAAAUCUUAAAUACGAAUCCUGCGCGGAGGAGGAAGAAUCGAUCCAAGAUUUGUUGUAAUGGUGCACAGGCGCUGGAUUUUCUGUGAGAGCGGCGAGGAUCCAAACUUCAGGAAGGAGCACUACGAGUAUACCCAAAGCCAGCACCGAUAAUUCCAAUCCAAGCGAAAUUCCCCCAAAUAAGUCCA